AUGGAUCCACUCAAAUACAUCUUCCAAAAGCCGAUGCCCACCGGGAAAUUAGCGAAAUGGCAGAUCUUGUUAAGUGAGUUUGACAUCGUGUACAUAACUCAGAAGGCCAUAAAGGGACAGGCCUUGGCGGAUCACCUUGCAGAGAACCCUGUAGAUAAUGAAUACAAGCCGCUUACAACCUAUUUUCCUGAUAAGGAAGUACUGUUCGCAGGGGAAGAUAUUUCAGAGCCUUAUUCAGGAUGGAGGAUGUUCUUUGACGAAGCGUCAAAUUUCAAAAGAGUACUAGGAGAAUGGACCACCAAGAAUGUCAAAAUUCUUCCAUACUUACAUUGCGUGAAGGAAUUGUGCAAGCAGUUCAGAGAGAUUGACUUCAAGCAUGUGCCUCGAAUCCAAAAUGAGUUUGUUGAUGCCCUUGCGACAUUGUCAUCAAUUAUCCAACAUCCGAACAAGAAUUACAUCGACCCUAUCAAGGUAGAAAUACACGAUCAGCAAGCAUAUUGUUUUCAUAUCGAUGAGGAAUUGGAUGGCCAGCCAUGGUACUACGACAUUAAGAAGUUGCUCGAGACGAGAGAAUAUCCGGAAAAUGCAACUAACAAACAGAAGCAGACCUUCAGGAGAAUGGCAAAUCACUUCUUCCUUAACGGAGAAAUCCUAUAUAGGAGGACUUCAGAUCUGGGAUUUCUAAGAUGUGUGGAUGCCACUGAGGCGACGAGGUUGUUAGAAGAAGUACACGCAGGGACAUGUGGACCCCACAUGAACGGAUUCACUUUGGCAAAGAAGAUUCUGCGAGCGGGAUACUUUUGGAUGACUAUGGAAAGAGACAGCAUUCGCUAUGUACAAAAGUGUCAUCAAUGUCACGUUCACGGAGAUUUCAUUCGAGUUCCCCCAAAUGAGCUCAAUGUAAUGGGCUCCCCUUGGCCGUUCGCCGCUUGGGGCAUGGAUGUGAUUGGACCUAUCGAGCCCCCCGCAUCAAAUGGGCAUCGCUUCAUCCUGGUAGCCAUCGAUUAUUCCACUAAAUGGGUCGAAUCUUCAACGUACAAGGCAGUGACAAAAAAAGUGAUGAAUGGAGUAGUCGAGGCGGCGAAUAAGAACAUCACAAAGAUCUUGAGGAAGAUAACAGACAGUCACAGGCAGUGGCAUGAAAAAUUGCCAUAUGCUUUGCUUGGUUACUGUGCCACUGCUAGAACAUCCAUAGGAGCAACUCCUUAUAUGUUGGUCUAUGGUUCCGAAGCUGUGAUACCCGCAGAAAUAGAGAUACCGUCUCUGAGGAUUAUCCAAGAUAUUGGUUUGGACGAUGCAGAAUGGAUACGUAGCAGACACGAACAGUUGAUGCUCUGA